CAGUCUUCACUAACAAACAGUGAAAAAGCUGACGCGUACUCAUUGGGAGGUCCUGCCCAAGUUUCCGUCUGUUCUUGCUCUUCUUACCAUGUUUUCAUCUCUCCGGUGACUCCCGAUAGAAUCAGAACCAUGCGUCGGUACUCGCGGAAGCUUAGAUCGACCCCGGCCGUGGUGCUGCUCUUCGUCAUCUUCGUAUUUCUUCUACCAUACGACAGCCAAUUCAGCCUUCGCGCUGCUAUUGUGAGAGCAGUACCUGCUCUCUUCGAGAGACGCUGGUGGCUCAUCAACAAACCCAGUGCAUACCCGGUGGAUUUCUCCCAAGAUGUCGCAGUUUUAGUCAAAUCGGGAAUUGGGACAAAAGAGCGGAUCCCGGCUUGGCUGAAAGCGCAUGAGCACAUGGGACUCUCCGAUCUGCUUCUUAUUGGAGAUUUUGCCACGUUGCCGGGGCAAGAGUACCAGUACCGUGACCGACGACUACCUAUACAUGAUGUGUUGGGUUGGAUGAUUGGGAAAGGGUAUUUGGCGGGGGAGUUGGACCAUCCGAGAUUGGAAAAGUAUUACAAUCUGACCAGGGCUGUUGAUCGUGGGGAUGUGGAUGCUGCGCGGGAGAUGUCUGGGGCUUUUGGGUGGGAGCUUGAUGCGAUGAAGUUUCUUUCUGGAGCGGAACUUCUCUACAACCGAUUUCCGGAUAAGAAAUGGUACAUCAUGGCAGACGACGACACGUAUCUAAUACAGCCCUCAUACAAGCGUCUCAUCGAACAUUUUAACCCUAACCGUGAACAUUACCUCGGGAACCCGGUAGGCGGAGAGGACUGCCACUUCGGCCACGGAGGAUCGUCUAUCAUCAUGUCGCACAGAGCCGUUAGCCAUCUCAUUUCCGACGGCGAGUACCUGGCCAUGGCUCACCGGGAAUCCCUAGAUGAGACAUGGGGGGAUAAGCGCCUGGCGGUAUCACUGAACCGACUGGAGAUUUACAUCAAUGAAGAAUACGCCGCAUUUUUCAAUGGGGAGAGCCCUCAUACGUCCAAGAUAACCAGGGAAAGACUUUGCACGCCGGUCCUCUCGUUUCACGGACUCUCGUCAUCGUCGGAUAUGCUCAGCGUCAGUCAGACCUUUGAGCAUACCACAGAGCAGGUCCUCUGGAUUGACUUGUGGAAUACCCCUAUAAGUGAUGACAAAAAUGGCAAUUCUCCUAUACCCAAGGCUUCAGCAUCCCUCUUCGACAACCCGAUAUACGAAACCGGCCACAAGAACUGGGAUUACGUCGGCCGGUUAGACGAGUGGACUCAAUCAGUGGAGGACGUGACAUCUGUCGACACAUGCAAGCAGAUCUGCCGCGUGGAGCGCCCGGGCUUCUGUAUGGCGUGGACAUGGGACUCGAAUGAGAAGAAGUGUCAUAUGAGUUGGUGGAUAAUCAAGGGGGAUAAAGCUGAAGGAAGGACUUCGGGGUUGAAUGUGCCGGCUGUGAAUGAUGUUGUUAGGUCAUGCCGACCAUGAUUCUAUUUUCAUGUGCAUACUAUUUGUGAUUAUUUUUUGCCGUCACAUAAAUACAUAAUGGUAAUACAUACUUCUAGAAUGAUACUAGAACUUGAG